GCCAGACACCAAAGAGGAGCCUCACUGAGACAUGUGUCCACUUGGUAUUAAUAUGCUAUGGAGAGACUUAAAAGUUUAUCACUGCUGUCCAGCCCUUGGGAUCCUUUCAUUCUGAGCCACCAACUCAGUAUGGAUUAAUUCUUAGACGUAUGUCAGAGUAUCUACAUAGGAACCUUUAUCUCAAGAGUUUUAUUGAUUUCAGAUGAGCAGUUGUGAGGGGCAAAGGCAAUUUCACAUCAACAUUUGGCUUAACGGAAAAUGCUUUACAGGGACCAUGGGAGAUUCAUAAUUAUAACAUUGGCUCUGCUGACCUUUUAUUGUUGCAAAGGACUAAUAAUAGAGGCAGUAGAAUAUUCUAACAAAGGGAGGUCAAACACUACAAAGGAAGAUCUACUGAUAAAUCAUAGCAGGACCAUUGACACUUUCUAUAAUCUAAACAAAGACAACGAGAAAAGAAAUCAUCAUAAAACGGAGCCACUUGUACCUUUUGUUGGCCUUACAGACAGCAGCAAACUCAGCAAACAAUGCUGCAAUAAUGGAGGAACAUGUGUCCUGGGAAGUUUUUGUGUAUGUCCAAGGUAUUUUACGGGACGAUACUGCGAAUUCGAUGAAAGAGCAAAACACUGUGCAGCUAAGAUCCAACAUGGUGAGUGGAUGCGCAAGGGCUGCCGUUUGUGUCGCUGCACGUAUGGAGUUCUUCAUUGCUUUGUAGAAACACAGACUGAUUGUGAUGAAGUCGAAGAGGAAGAAAUGCCUUCCAGUGUACCAAUGGAACAAUCCUCAAUAUACCUUAUUCUAUCCGGCAUAGUUUUCAGCAUUUAUACUUUGAUUUAAUUUUUGAAUCUGGCCCAAUUCAAAAAAGCCAAAGAAAACAAAGCUGCUAUAUAAUACAAGGUCCUACUUUGAAAAAAUUGCAUUGUUCUGUAAGCAUAGAGAUCUAUAUUAACUCUUCCCAUGGAAGACUGAAAGGAUAUACAUAUUUAUUAGCUGUAUAUUAUUUAAUUUAAAUUAUUUUACUAUUUGUAUUGUAUUAAUAAACAUAUAUCUAUUUGCUGGU